AUGCCCCGCAACAAGUACGGAGAAGAGAUCCGACGUCUUUACAACCCGUCUGAAGAUCCUCGAACCUCUUCCAUUCCGCUAUCCGAGCUUCUUUUCUACGACAGGGACAGAAGAAGGGUCUCUCACCUGCGCAUGAACGUCAUGUCCGAGCCAGAUCCUAUCGUGGACGAAACAAGCGUAGUAGUCUUUAUUGACGGUGCUUGUCGUAACAACGGCCAACCAACAGCGCGAGCUUCAUGGGCUGUCUCAUUCGGUUGGGAAUCUCGUUACAAUACAGGUGGUCUUCUUGACAAGUCUUUGCCUCAGACGAGUACACGUGCGGAGAUCGAGGCUCUCAUACAAGCGCUUGACGUGAUCCGCUAUGUCACGGACAUACACUUCACCAGGAGGUCUCGUGUCAUAAUUGCAACCGACUCAAGCUUUCUGGUCAAAGCGAUGACCCAAUGGAUGGAACGCUGGAUCGAGAAUGAUGGCGUGGGUACCAACGGCGAACCAGUUGCGCAUUUCCAAGUUCUGAAAAAGAUACACGACUUGCUGAACGAAAUGGAACGCAGCGACGAGGCGCGUAGUAGAGAGAUAUGGCUCUGGCAUGUACCCAGGGAAAUGAACCGAGAUGCAGACGGAAUAGCGAACAGAGUGCUUGAUGAAGCCUGA